CAGAUAGGUUAACGAAUCAAAUUACAUAAAACAGCAAUCAACAUGGGACUUCUUGAUGAAUUUAAAUCAGCUAGCAUUUUUGGAAAAAUCGUUUUUAUUUUGCUUUUCCUUGCUAGUUUUUGCAUUUUAAUUGCAUUUACUUGUACGGGGUGGGGAGAAAGCAACGAGACUGCUGGUGGUGGUUAUAAAAUUCACUGGGGGUUGUGGCGAAGGUGUACUAAUCAGGAGUUUAUGACAGGUGGGCCAUGUAGCGAUCUUGAUGGAUGGGCAAAUGACUGGUGGGCGUUUACACAGGCUGCUAGCUGCUUUGGUUUCUUUGGUAUACUAGUGUCGUUCUUUUUAGUCAUUCUUUACCUGUUUGUUGGCCAAUGUAAGGGUAACGGAGAAGUGGCAACAGGCGCCGCCAUCUUGUGCCUAGUGACGGGGGUCAUUCUGCUCAUCGGCUGCAUUGUAUUUGGAGCAUAAUUAGACGAUAUCUAUUA